AUGGUGCAUAAAUCGUGGAAUAUUAUUUCCAGUCCCUUUAUGUAAAAAACGUCAGUGGAAUCCCUUUGAAUACACAGUUCCAUUUUUAUUUUUUCUAAAAUAAUACAUCACGAUUAAAAUGACGAUGCAACAAUAUCAAGCAUAUUAAAAUUUGCAAGAACUAAAUAAGACAUAAAUCAGAACAUUAAACAUAUCAUCGUCUGUCAUAGGUUUUGUUAAUAGUAUAUAUAAAUACGGGAAAUUUGUUAAUUCAGCGGGAUACACCAGAAUGAGUAGUGUCAUUGUUAUUUUAAUAAAGAAAUAAACGUUAUAUGCACUUAUGGAGCUUAAAGCUUGUUUAAUUUUAAUAUUGCUGACACAUUUUGUUGUUGCACCAAUACCAUCUUCAGAAUGGCGUGAGGCUAGCAUACAACUAUGGCGGACUGUCGGAUCCGCUCAUUUUGCAGCAGAUUUCCUUGGUGUGACAUUUAAAAAUAUUAUUUCAGCUCACGAAAGGAAAAAUCCGAGGCCAAGGACUGCUGAGUAUCGGGUACAGUUUACAGCUACAUGCAAUACCGGUGAAACA